UCGGGCACCUUGUCUGGAUAGAAGGGCUCCGCAUUGGAUCAGCCUGUACCAUGGCACUCAGCAGGGACUCGUUGUGGAAGUACAGCUUGGGAGUUUGGAUCCUGUUGAUCAGGACUGCUAUCUCCAGAUCCUUAGUAUUAGAUCCCAUAUACUGGAAUUCCUCCAACCCCAAAUUCCUUCCUGGUCAAGGGAUGAUACUGUAUCCACAAAUAGGAGAUAAACUGGAUAUAAUUUGCCCAAAAGUGGACUCCAAAUCUACUGUCCAAUAUGAGUAUUAUAAAGUCUACUUAGUGGAUAAGGAACAAGCUGAUAGCUGCACAAUAAAAGACAAAACACCUUUGCUGAACUGUGCUAAGCCAGACCAAGAUGUAAAGUUUACCAUCAAGUUUCAGGAGUUCAGUCCGAAUCUCUGGGGACUGGAAUUCCAGAAGAACAAGGACUACUACAUUAUAUCUACAUCCAAUGGCUCAGUAGAGGGUGUGGAUAACAAGGAAGGAGGAGUGUGUGUUACUAAAGCCAUGAAGAUCCUUAUGAAAGUUGGUCAAGAUCCUGACUCUCCGGGUACUAACUCAAAUGCAAACCCAACAAGACGCCCAUAUCCAGAGUUGGGUACCAAUGGAAAGAGCUCAACCACUAGUCCAUUUGUCAAUGGUCCUGAAGGGUCUAGCACAAAUGGAAAAAAUGCUGGACACACAAGUAUCAUUGGAUCUGAGGUGGCCUUAUUUGCAGGAAUUGCUUCAGGGUGCAUCAUCUUCAUCGUCAUCAUCAUCACGCUAGUGGUGCUUUUGUUGAAAUACAGAAGACGACACAGAAAGCACUCACCUCAGCACACAACAACAUUGUCCCUUAGUACGUUGGCCACACCAAAACGCGGUGGCAAUAACAAUGGUUCAGAACCAAGUGACAUUAUCAUUCCUCUAAGGACUGCAGACAGUGUUUUCUGCCCACAUUAUGAAAAGGUCAGCGGGGAUUAUGGACAUCCUGUUUACAUUGUGCAAGAGAUGCCACCACAGAGUCCAGCAAAUAUUUACUACAAGGUCUGAGGAAUCUGGUGGUACCUUUUGACAAUAGUAUGGACAGUUCAAGGUCCGUUGCUUCCUGAUGGGGUUUUUUAGUGAUUCCUUAUGCAUAAAUAUGGACUUGCAUUGGGGAACAGGCACAAGAGAAAACCUUCCUUCAGAGAAAGCCUCUUUAAGGUGCGCAGUUUAUGGGAUCCGAUGGUUCCUGCGAAAAGUGUUCACUGCACGCUGGAAGACUUUCAGAUAUGCCCAUUCUUAUAUCUAUGUCCUGGUCAUGUUCACCCUCUAAGCCAUGAGCUUCAGGCAUCCAAGCAUAUUCAAAAGCCAGGUUCACAUGGACAGAUUCAAGGACAUUACUCAUCCUAGGCAUUUUAAAUAUGCUCUAGAUUAUUUAUCUUUAAAAUGCAAUCUUCUGAUUUAAUAUCAACUAGCUUUCUUAAUGCAUACUGGAUUUGUCAGUAAAUGUUUGUGUCUAGGACUUUAGAAAAAACACAGAUAUCUGCAUUUUCUAAAAUUUAGUCCAUCACUGUUUCAUGUUCAUCCCUUGUCUAGGUUUGCUCUAUCCUUCACAUAAGAUUUCCUUUCACUCCACCUCCCUUAUCACUAAUGGAACAUUAACCUUUGUAGACUCUUGUUCCAUCCAUUUUUACCGCAGUCACACACGAAUGGGUAAUAUAUUAUGGAAAUUGUAUUUGCUAAUACAGAGCCUUCCAGCAAGAACUUAAACUGUCAGCAAGUCCACUAGUCCAUAGGCUAAACUGCUGAAUGCAGUUAAAUGCUAUUGCCUCUGAAAUAAAGCAUAGGACAGAAAUUGACAUCAGCAGCAAAGCACUUUGAUAUCUUAUGAGAUGCAGUGAAGUAAGACUGUAGCUGAAGGAGUACUGACUAUCCAGCAGUGGUGUGUGACACACUGUACACUACAUAUUCUUAGAAAUGAGCAUAAGCAGGUAGAGAAGGACAAUGGCAAGUUGUUACGAGGCAAGACUGUUGGAGAUAAAGGCAAUAAGAACAAGUUUUAUGAAACUCCUAGUCUGUUGUGACUGAAAUAUAUAAGCAGACUCAGGUGCUACACUGACCAUAUUAUUCCUCAGAUAGAGAAAGCUUUCAAGAUAAUAGCAGAAAGCCAAAUCUGACCUCUGAGUUCUAGAACCAAAGGUCAAAGUAGAGCAUAUGUUCCACAAUUGCGCUAAAAAAUGAUUUUUAUUUUUUUUAUCCUUCACUGAUGUUUUGUUAGAGAAAGCCAUUUUAUCUGGCACUCAUUAAAUAAAUCAUUGGACACUUUUGCUUUGUGGUCAUGCUGUCCCGAGGGAGUGCCAUGUAAGAAUCGUCGCUGACAUGGCAGUUCGCUGGUGCUCUGUUUCAAAGUAAAAGCACAUGUGGCAAACAUUUUACAGUUCUUAGGUAUAAAAUAAAUUAUUAGUAUGGAGAGCAGGAAAUAAUUAAAAAAAACGUAUUUAAUAGGUGUAUAGCACACAGGGGAUAUAUAGUAAAAAAAAGAAAGAUUUUACUAAUAUAUAAUUUUAUAUUGCACAGCCUGCCCCCACCAGAAGAUGUCAAAUCCAUUUUUGCUGCAGUUAAAUAGACUUAACUGUUGGUGUUAGAGCUGAAUUAGACAUUGCUUCUGGUGGAAGAAAACAACUAUAUUCCAAAAAUAACAAUGAUGAGAAAAAGGAAAAAUAACAAAGCCCUCUAAGGCGUCUCACACAAGAGCAGACUAGGAAGUUCAAGCCCAAAAGCAGGAAAUCAGUGUUACUGCAUCAUAAGUGUAACAAAGAUGAGAAAAUGUGUUGUCAGUCAUUUUCUGCGUUCGCAUUUCCUUUUUGCCUUAAUGCAAAAAUGUUACACUAGACUUCAGCAGGUUACAGAAUGCAAUACCUAUAUUUUUUUUUGGUUAUUUUUCUCUGCUGUCUUCUUUCUUCCUCUACCUUCUUCCCCCUUCUUUUUUUUUCCAACAUUUAUGUGCUAUGCAAAACAGAUAUCAUCAACACAGUUCUGUUUCUAUGGUAACACUUUGCUCUCUGAAAUGGAAAGAAAAAAAAUUAGUAGCAGCGUUUUAAGGUUCUUGAAUCUCUAAGGAGCACCUGCAACAAUGAACUGUCACUAGACUGAUUGCACUCCUUAUUUUUUUUUUUUUCUUGAACCUGAAUAUUAUGUUGGCAUUAAGGAAUAGUUGUGUGGUCAGUAAUAAAAAAAAAUGGAAAAAAAACAGCAGGGUGGCAUUUAUUUAACAUUUUACAUAAUACAUUAUUUUUGUAUGAUGCACAUAUUUGCUCAGCACCCUGAAAUAAAUGUUAUGAUAAGUUGGCAGUAUUCGCCUUUUUUUUGCCACCAGUAUGCCAUCCUCUGUUCUAUUGAAAGUCACAAGUGAUUUUUUU